AUGGCCUUCAACUUCAACUGGUCGCCGCUCACGGCCGAUGCCGGCUUUUAUGAGCGAGCACGCGACCUGCUCACAACCGCCCUGAACAAGUCUCCGAAGCCUCCCAUUAUCGUCGAUGACAUCUUCGUGACCGAAUUCAACCUUGGCUCCGUGCCACCAGACCUGGAGAUUUUGGAGAUUGGUGACCUGGCCGAAGACCGAUUCAGGGGAAUUUUCAAAAUGUGCUAUUCCGGCGACGCCUUUCUGACGCUAAAAACGAGGGUGCAAAAGACUAAUAUAGCAGCGCAGGCAAACCCCCUCAAUACCUACCUGUCGGGCAAGCCAGGUUUCGCAUCGCCGGAGCCCCUGUCGGCGUCGUCCAGCCUCACCAUCCCGCUUCAGAUCACCCUGUCUGAGAUCAAGCUCUCAGCCUUCAUCAUUGUGGUUUUCUCAAAGCAGAAGGGGCUGACGCUGGUCUUUCGAAAUGACCCCCUCGAGUCUCUCAAGGUCUCGUCGACCUUUGACUCGAUUCCCUUUGUCCGUGACUACCUUCAACGGACUAUCGAGCAGAAGCUGCGGGAUCUGAUGAUGGAUGAGUUGCCAGCCAUCAUCCACAGGCUCUCACUUCAGAUCUGGUGCCCGGACCAAAUCAUUAAGGAGGACGAGGAGCAGUCCAAGGAGACCGUAGAUCACACUGUUAACCCGCUGUCGACACCUCCCCUGGAUGCUGUUGACGCAGAGGGUCACCUUCUGGACCCUGCCGCCAUCUCGGAAUUGUCUCUGGAGGCGGGAACAGAAACACAGUCUCUGUUCUCACAAAAGGCCUUGUUCAAGCUCUCUUCGUUGACGUCCACGCAAGAAACGUCAUCAUUGUUCACCCCUUCGAUCAAGGAAGCCAUGUUCAGAGCCUGGGCGGGGCCAUCAGAUCGGGUUGACACAGCCAGCACACCCGGACCGGCAACCCCGAGCCUCCACCGGACCACUUCUUACACCAACGGGACCGCCCAUACCUACACCUUUUCGGACACGGCGAGCCAGGAUCAGGGCCAUUUGCCCUCGAGACCGUCCAUGGUUAGUCUCAAUUCUGCCACGGCUGGCUUGUCUCUGGGCUCCGGACGGCAUUCCAAGGCUGGCCGCAAAAAGAAGACUCGUGUGGUCAACUUGCGUGCCAAGACCUCGAGCGAAGGUGGCAGCGAGGCGGGCGAGUCCUCGGAGACAGCUUCCACCUCGACAACGCCCGCUUCGGAGCCCAUCAUGUCUCACCCCAUUCUCGAGGUUCCCGAGGAGGACACGGCUACAAACAGCAACAAGGUGCGGUUCGGUGGUGCUCAUCCGCGCAGACCAUCAUUCCGUAAUGAUCGUGAGCCUGCCAAGGUCUCGGAGGCUGCCGUCCCCUCGAUCGAGAUUAGCGCGCCCAACACCACCCAGAAGCAGCCUUCUCGUCAGGCGUCGCCUGUUGAUAUGAAGGUCCCAGCAGACUGGUCUCGGCCAAGAGCGCCAUCGGAAAUCUCCCCAUCCGUCAUUCUCGAACAAGCGUGGGUGAUGAAGAUGGCCGGAGAGAUUGCCCGCCGUGUAUACGACGAAAAGAACCGCAAUCCUCAGUUCUGGGAGGAAAGGGAUGACACGCCCCCUCCUGCGUACCAGCCUAGGCCGUAA